AUGAAUGGUGAUUAUAUAAAUCCUCAUAACAAAAUGACACCCAUGCACUCACCAUCCUCGUCGUACACUUCUAAUACCCUUACCAAUCCAACUAUAAUAAAGAAAUUUUCCCCAAGAGAUUUUAUAUUUUUAGAAAAAUUGGGACAAGGCUCCUAUUCCACAGUCUAUAAGGCGAAACUGAAAAGAACGACAAAAGCACAGCAGCAGCAAAUGAAGUACUAUUAUUCAGACACUAAACUCUAUGCUAUUAAAGUUUGUUCUAAAAAGCAUAUAAUACAGGAACGCAAAGUUAAAUAUGUGGCCAGUGAGAAAGAUACUUUAAAUAUGUUAAUUUCAAUACAAAAACAUCCAGGUAUAGUCAAUUUACAUUAUACUUUCCAUGAUGAGGAAAAUCUCUAUUUUGUUUUAGAUUAUAUCCCAGGGGGCGAACUGUUCUCAUUGAUUUACAAAUAUGGAACUUUUAAUGAGUCAAUGAGUAAGCAUUUUACCUGUCAGUUGGUUGAUGCUUUAGAUUUUUUACAUUCAAAUAAGGUAAUACAUAGAGAUUUAAAACCGGAAAAUAUACUUAUAGGGAAGACUGGGAAAUUGUUAAUAACUGAUUUUGGUGCGGCUGCUAACAUUAAUGAUAGGGAAUAUGCCACCUCAUUUGUUGGUACUUCAGAAUACGUAUCACCAGAGCUUUUACUUUAUAAUAAAUGUUCAUAUCCCGCAGAUAUUUGGGCUCUAGGCUGUAUACUAUAUCAAUUCCAACAGGGAGUGCCUCCUUUCAGAGGUGUAAAUGAGUUAGCUACUUUUGAACUGAUUGUAAAAUUAAAAUAUGCGUAUGUGAAACCCGUACCUGUUAUAAUCAAGGACUUAAUAUCCAAAAUACUAGUGAUAGAUUCACAAAAGAGAUUGACUAUAUCACAGAUAAAGCAACACAAGUGGUUUGAAGAUGUGAAUUGGAAUGACAAAAGGAAGAUAUGGAAGGGGAUAUGGGAAAAUCAAAAACAAAUAUAUAUGGGCAAUAGUGUCAAUUCUAAUAUCAAGAAUUUACCCAUAAAAAGAAAGAAACCUGUUAAAAUAUCAAAUACUACAAGUAGUGUGGUAGAAUGGAGAAGACAAUUGGGGAUAGUGCCGAAGGACAAUAAUGGUCACAAUGGUGUUGGUAGUAACCAUACAAGUCCCACAAAAACUAAUUUAGCGGAUAAUAAUAUAUUUGAUAUGAAUCAACAUAUUGCUAAAUCAGCUGCGCUAGCUACGAUGAAUAUAAACAAUACAAACAGCAAUAUAGCAAUGGAAAUGUUGACGAAGGUAUCUACGAAACCGAUUAUACAAGCACAGGCGAUUCCAAAACCGAUGUCCUUAUACGCGGGUAACAGCGUUAACAACAGUAACACAAAUGUCGGGUUGGGGACACCAUUUACAUUUGAUAAUAACGGAACAUCAAACACAACUCCUGUCAUUGUAAACAAUAACACUGGUAGUAAUAAAUUGAUGAGCUCACCCAACACUUACAAUACAGUGGUCCAUUCCCCAUUAAGAAUAAAAUUACCGAAUUCAACAAAAAUUGCCCAGAAAACAGCAUCGCCAACAAAUACUGGUGCCGGUGAUUCGCCUUUGCAAAUUGCUAAAAGAGGAAUAAUCAAUGUAGUUGAAAUACCGGCAAAAAAAGAAUAUGUGAAUAAUAAUGAUAACAAAAUAGAUUUUGAUGGUUAUUCAAUGAAAUUAAUGGAUUAUAACAAGGGUGGAGAAAUACUAUUGGAUUUCAUUAACAAAAAUGGGAAUCAGAUAAUUGAUAGAUCGCGUAGAAUGAUAUUGAGUAUUUAUAAAAAUGGUAGUAUUUCAUUGGAAUACUGUUCGAAUGAUCCGAAACAGUUUAACAAUGAUAAUACUAACAAUGGUAACACAAAAAAGAUAAUGGGAAAUGUUUUAGAUGAUGAUCUAUCUGUAUACAAUUACCAAGGUGAUGACGAUAAUAUAAAUGUAUUAAUUUUGGAAAAGAAUAAAUAUAUGAUUUGGAUAAUAAGUUUAAUCGAAGUUGAUUGGAUCAAGUGUAUGCAAAGGAUCAGAGAAUUGAACCAAAAAAGUAGUGACAACACUAGUAGCAAUGUUAAUACUGGGAGCUUGAUUAGGCCAAGUGAAAAAAGUUCAAACAGUGAUUCUGUUAUGCCAAAUGUUGCCAAUAGCGUGCCAACAAAAGUCCGUGCUACUGCUGUUGUUACUAGCAACAAUAACAAUACCCCAAAUAACAGCGUUGCUAGUACCAAUACAACUCCAGCACCGUUGCAUAGACAUCCAUAUCAUAAUAUCAUAUCAUCGACGUGA